GUCUUAUCAAGCAUUUACUAGUUAUUUAAAAUUAAAAUUACCUUGGGAAUCAACUGUUUAAAAAAAUGCAAUCUUUCUUGAUCCUUUAAAAAAGGGUAGUAACGAGUCUCUAGCAGCUGUCUCAAAUCUCACUCUAGAAGUAUGCAAAUCACUGGAAGUAGUCUUAUGUAAAGUUUUUCCAUCUUGUUCAUCAAAGGAAGAGGUUUGUGAUAUUUUACGAAGCGAAUGGCGAAUUUACCAAAUGGAAUUGCUUCCAGAGUGCUAUUAUAAAUGUUUGGAAGAAUUAGUUUCAAUUGGGAGAAAUCAAACUUCUUACUGGGAAAAAGCCUUUCAGCUUGCGGGUCUUCCUAUAGUUUCAAAACUUUUAUGUAGUUUUGAUAUUGAUACACUAAUCAAUUCCUUUGAGACUAAAGUUUUGAAUGAUAGUGGUUCACCUAAGUUUCCCAAUAUUACAUCUCUUUUCAAAGUUGUUUCUUCACUUUCACAUGGAAAUAGUCCCCCAGAGAAUAGAUUUUCAAUUAACAAACACAUUAUUCAGUUACAUGGUACUUUACUUGAUCAAGAGACAAUUGAGGCUUUGAGGUUUGUAAAAGAUACUAUAUUAAACUUUGGAUCCAUACUCGAUAUUCCAAUAACAAAGUCAUUUAUUCAAUCAGUUAAAUUUGCUCACUCAAGUUACAAAGCUGACCUGGAAGCUAAACGCAGGUUGAAAGAGAAGGAAGAGAAGCAUAUAAAAACUAAGGAAACUGAGGAGGCAAAACAACAUGUUUUGAAAAAUGAAAAAGAAGCUGUUCUUGCAUCCAUUCAACAGAUAAAAAACGGUCUAUCAGUUGCUGAUGAUUUAGUUUUUGAAGGAAAUAGUGAUUUAAAGAAAUGUUUGCUUCAAAAAAACAGCAUAAGAAAAGAAUUGCAGCGAGCCCAGUGUAAAAUUAAAACAGGGAUGAAAAGAAGACAGGAGCUUGCUGAUGAACAAGACAUUUUAGAAAAAAGGAGUAAAGAACUGUCAAUUUAGUCAAUUUAGAAUUAUAUUGUUUAUAUUGCAACUCUAACUAUUUUGCUUUUAAACUCUAUUUUAACUUAGUUGUAUUAUAACUCUAAAAGAAUUAUUAUUUUAUUUAGAAUUUUAUUUUUGAAUAAAACAGUUUUUUCAGAUAAUUAACUUAAAAAAAUCUAUUAACAUUUAAUACUUUGUUUCUAUU